GUCACACUUUUAGGCGCGAAUUCUGCCGCAUAAAAUAAUUUUUCGCACUUCAAGCAGUCAACACAGGCCAAUAAAGUAAACAGGAUGAAGUGCAAGAUACCCGAGAUCUCGUGGCACAACCGCGAUCCCGUCCUGAGUGUGGAUAUACAGCAAAAUGGCCAGGGACUGCGUUCCCCGACGAUCUGCCGCCUUGCCUCCGGUGGCACCGAUGCCCAUGUCCUCAUUUGGUAUGUGAAUCGCAGUGAUGACGCCGAGGGCGUGGAUGUGGAGCUGGCCGCCGAUCUGUCGCGGCAUCAGCGUGCCGUCAACACGGUGCGCUGGUCCCCCAACGGAGAACUCCUGGCCUCUGGCGACGACGAGAGUGUGGUCUUCAUCUGGAAACAGAAGGCCGACCACGAAGUAGUCAACAUUGUGGACGCCGACGGAUGCAGCGAGCAGGACAAGGAGGUCUGGAUGACGCUGAAGGUGCUGCGCGGCCAUCGCGAGGAUAUCUACGACCUCAGCUGGGCGCCCAACUCCCAGUUCCUGGUCACCGGGUCGGUGGACAACACCGCGAUGCUGUGGGACGUCCACAAGGGCAAGUCACUGGCCAUUCUCGAUGAUCACAAGGGUUACGUGCAGGGCGUGGCCUGGGAUCCCUGCAACCAGUACAUUGCCACCAUGAGCACCGACAGGCAAAUGCGCAUAUUUGAUGCCAACACCAAGCGGGUGCUCCACCGGGUCAGCAAGUGCGGAUUCCCAGUGAAAGAGGGCCACGAGCUGCACGGCAAGAUCGUACGGCUGUAUCAUGACGGCACCCUGCCGACCUUCUUCCGCCGCCUGUGCUUCACCCCCGAUGGAAAGCUGCUCCUUACGCCUUCGGGGAUCACCGACUACGACGGCGUGGCGAAGCCCAUAAACACCACCUAUGGAUUCAGUCGCUACGAUCUAUCGAAACCCGCCUUUGUGCUGCCCUUCCCCAACGAAUACGCGGUGGCCGUGCGCUGCUCUCCGGUUCUGUACCGUCUGAGACCGUACAAUGCGGAGAAGAAUCCGCCUAUCAUUUCGCUGCCCUACCGCAUGAUCUAUGCCGUGGCCACAAAGAACGCUGUGUUCUUCUACGACACCCAGCAAUCGGUGCCCUUCGCCAUUAUCUCCAAAAUUCACUACUCCAGGCUCACGGAUCUGACCUGGUCAAGUGAUGGAACUGUCCUAAUCGUGUCCAGCACCGAUGGUUUCUGCUCGCUGGUGACCUUCGAGCCGAAUGAACUGGGCGAGCGCUACGAGGAGAUGGAUGCAGUGCUGAGCGCUGCCCUGAAAUCUUCAGAAAAUGUACCGCUUCCGAAGAGGAAAAAGCACAAGCUCCGCAAGGCAUCGUCGGAUGAGGUGGCAGCCACAAGGAAACCUCUGCAGGAGAAGACCAAACCGAAUACAAAUAGGAAGGCUGCAGGAUCGGGAAUCAAAGAGGAGGGCGAAACCGAUCCGGAUGCUGAAAAUGAUUCAUCCAUGCACAGCGCGAGCUCGUCCAACUCCAACAGUCCCAAAACGAAGAAUAAGAGCGAGGUUAAGCCCACACCCAUUGCCUUCCGUCGUUCGCCGCGAAAAGUUACGACAACGCCCACGCCGAUUUCAAUACGCAGAGCUCCGCGUAAGCCGGAAGAUGGCGAGGGAGUCGAACUGUCCAAGCCUAAAGAAGACAUUGAGGCCACAUCUUCAAAGGCACCGAAAGUAGAAGCAUCACCUGUAAAGCGAAAGAUCAGUACAGAGGCAGUGCCUCCAACAGAGACGUCACAGCCGGCGCUUGGAGUGAUUCCGGUUAUCGACAAGGAGAUCAUCAGUUCAGAUGAAAAGUUCGAGUCGCCCGAGAAAAAGUCCCGCCCUGCUACGCCCAUUCAAGUGCGCCGCCAGCCCCGAACUCCCGGAAGUUCCAGCAACUUCAACCUUACGCCGAAAAGCCAACCCGCCAAGCAAGCCACUCCCAUCGCCGUGCGGCGAACUCCCCGCGUACUCGUCGAAAUGCCCGUCAACUCGCCUGUGGUUCCAAUGGAGGAGGCCAUGGAUGCCUGGCCCCUCGAGGAGGGCGUCACACCUCUGCCAACGACAAAGAAGGAUUCGCAAGAUCUUUUGACGGAGGCCAAGAAGACGGAAACGAAGCCUGCAGUUAUUGAAGCCAGCGAGGUUACCUGCGAGCGAACGGAGGAUAUUCGCCUGGUCUACGAGGAUACGCAGGAGGAAACCCCUGCCAAGGCGACGGAAUCAACACCAUCAACGCCCAAUAACAAAACUCCGCGACGGGUGUCCUUGCGAACAAUCUCCACGCCCAAAUCGAAAAAGAAACUGUUAGAGUAAACAAUGCAAUAGAUUAGUCGUAACCGAUUUAUAAUAGAGGAAUUCCUAAAACUGCUUAUGAUGUUAAGGCAUUUUAAGGUUACCCCAUAAAAAUACAAAAAUAUAUAUAUUGGGAUUCCUUUAUUAACAAUUCCAAAAUAAAACGCAAGACAACGCUUAGAGAAAUGUUCA